AUGGUGCCAGGUCUGAAGGUCCUUCUGUUCCUCAGCCUGCAUCUCUUGCAGGAGGUGAAAAGCACCAUAGUCCAUCUGAACAACAAUGGAUAUGAGGGUGUGGUCAUUGCAAUUAACCCCAGUGUGCCAGAAGAUGAAAGACUCAUCCAAAGCAUAAAGGAAAUGAUAACUCAAGCCUCUACUUACCUGUUUGAAGCCACCAAAAGAAGAUUUUAUUUCAGGAAUGAAAGCAUUUUGGUCCCAAUGACCUGGAAGUCAAAAUCUGAGUACUUAACACCAAAACGAGAAUCAUAUGACCAAGCAGACGUCAUAGUUGCUGAUCCUAAUCUGAAAUAUGGAGAUGAUCCCUACACACUUCAAUAUGGACAAUGUGGAGACAGAGGACAGUACAUACAUUUUACUCCAAACUUCCAACUGACUGAAAAUUUGCCUAUGUAUGGACCCCGAGGCAGAGUCUUUGUCCAUGAGUGGGCCCAUCUCCGGUGGGGAGUAUUUGAUGAGUAUAACAGAGACCGGCCCUUCUACAUGUCUGAAAAGAACACUAUUGAAGCAACAAGAUGUUCCACUCACAUUUCUGGCAGAAUCAUGGUGAAAGAAUGUCAGGGAGGCAUCUGCAUAUCAAGGCAAUGCCAUCGAGAUUCAAAGACAGGACUGUAUGAGCCCAAAUGUACAUUUAUCCCAAACAAAGCCCAAGCAGCCAGGGACUCCAUAAUGUUCAUGCAAAGUCUUGAUUCUGUGGUUAAAUUUUGCACAGAAAAAACCCACAAUAGAGAAGCCCCAAACCUACAAAACAAAAUGUGCAAUGGCAGAAGCACAUGGAACAUAAUCAAGAAGUCUGCUGAUUUUCAGAAUUCCUCUCCAAUGAUAGGAAAAGUAGCCCUGCCCAGACCUGCAUUUUCACUGCUGAAGUCCAAACAGCGGGUAGUCUGCUUGGUCCUAGAUAAAUCAGCAAGCAUGAAAUCAGGAAACCCUAUCACUCAUCUCACCCGAAUGAACCAAGCAGCAGAGCUGUUCUUAAUUCAAAUUAUUGAAAAGGGAUCCUUGGUUGGCCUGGUCACAUUUGAUAGCACUGCUACAAUCCGAAACCUUCUAGCAAGAAUGACCAGUGAGAACUCCUACCUAGAGAUCAGUGCAAACCUGCCUCGACAAGUCGGGAAUGGAACUUCAAUUUGCAAUGGACUCAGAAGCGGAUUCCAGGCAAUUACCUCCAGUGACCAGAGGACUUCCGGUUCUGAGAUCAUAUUGCUGACAGAUGGGGAAGAUGGCCAGAUAAGUUCAUGCUUUGAGGAAGUCAAAAGCAGUGGUGCCGUCAUCCACACCAUCGCUCUGGGGCCUUCCGCUGCUAGAGAACUGGAGACCUUGUCCGACAUGACAGGAGGGCUUCGCUUUUAUGCCAAUCACGAUGUGAAUGGCCUCAUGGAUGCUUUCAGCGGGAUUUCAUCUAGAAGUGGCAGCAUCUCUGAGCAGGCUCUACAAUUGGAGAGCAAAGCCUUGAAUAUUAAAGGGAAGGAAUUGAUAAACGGUACAGUACUGGUGGAUAGUACCAUUGGCAAUGACACAUUCUUUGUUAUCACCUGGACAAUUCAAAAGCCAGAAAUUAUUCUUCAAGAUCCAAAAGGAAAAAAAUACACAACCUCAGAUUUCCGAGGUGAUGAUAAGCUAAAUAUUUUCUCUGUCCGACUUCGAAUACCAGGCAUCGCAGAGACAGGAACUUGGACCUACAGCCUCUUUAAUAAGGCUGGCAAAUCUCAGUCACUAACAGUGACGGUGACCACUAGAGCAAGAAGUCCUACCACACCCCCAGUAAUUGUAACUGCUCACGUGAGUCAAAACACAGCAUGGUACACUAGCCCAAUGAUUGUGUAUGCACGAGUCAGCCAAGGAUGUCUGCCUGUUCUGGGAGCCAGUGUCACAGCCACUAUAGAAGCUGAAGAUGGACAUCAAGUCACACUGGAGCUCUGGGACAACGGGGCAGGUGCUGAUACACUCAAAAAUGAUGGCGUCUACUCAAGAUAUUUUGCAGAGUACCAUGGAAAUGGGAGAUACAGCUUAAAAGUCAGGGUCACGGCAAGAAAAACCAUCACUAAAGUAAAUUUAAAACAACCAAACAAGGCUCUAUAUGUACCUGGCUAUGUUGAAAAUGAUACAAUUAUAUGGAAUCCACCAAGAUCUGAGUAUUCGGUAGUAGUCACAGACACUGUUAUGGUAAACACAGAAAUCCCUAGAGGGUCCUUCACUGUGUCUGGAACUUCGUUCACUGUGUCUGGAGCACCUCAUGGUGGGGGCCACACUCCUGUGUUCCCACCCAGUAAAGUGACAGAUCUGGAAACCCAGUUUAAAGGAGAUAAUCUUCACCUUAUGUGACAAGAAGGAUGACAAGAAGGAAAUCAAGAUGCUGGUCGAGCGCAUAGAUACGUCAUCAGAAUGAGUAAGCGUUCUUGGCAUAUAGAAGAUUUUAACAAGGCUACUAUAGUGAAUACUCAUUUUGUUACUCCUAAAGAGGCUGGCUCAAAGGAAAAAUUUAAAUUCAAACCAGAAAAUAUUGAAAAUGGUACCACUUACAUUGGGAUUCAGGGCAUCAAUGAAGCCAUCCUCAGAUCAGAGGUCUCCAACAUUGCCGAGGCUGUCAAGUUUAUUCCUGGUUUGGGUACCAAAAUGCCUGCACCCAGUUUGACAAUUUUUCUAUUUGUUGCAACUUUAUUCAUAUUUUAA